GGCUUCUCUGGUGUUGGUGUGGACACCUGAGGAGCCAGGAGCCUGUUCAGCUCUCAUGUGUGCAUAGCUUCAAGUGCAGGGGGAGUGAUGCCCGUGGGGACACCCUGAACCCAUGGAGAUGGAAGCCUACGGAUAACACAUUUCAUAAGUCUCCUUGGAAGGCCUUAGCGAGACAUCAAGCUCCAGUCAACCGCAGCAGUGGCUAACUUAGUAGUCACUUAGUGGCGUCCUUGCUUCUCUUUUUCAUUCGUUCUCGUUCCACUGCCCUGAUCCCUCACUCUUGCUCCCAGAUAAACAAAUUGCACACACGCCUCUGUCCUGGAUUCUCCUUUUAUGGGUGGCGGGAAUAAAUCAGGCUCAGAUAAAAAAUAUCCCUUCCCACUGAUCAUUCAAAUCUUGUUGAUUCUACUUCAAAUUGUUUCUUUAAUUUUUCCCAUUCCUGCUCCUACUCCCCUGGUUCAGACCCUCUUCAUCUCUUCUCUGUACUCGGACCAACUGGACUCCUACCUGCUCUUUUGCCUCUCACCCACCCCCCAUUUUUUUUUUUUUUUGAACUUAACCCAUCAUCUCUCCUACAAAAGCAUUCAUCCUUUUCUGCUGCCAGAGUGAAGUUUCUAAGACACUACAACUACUCAUUUCUGGUACCUCCUUAUCACCUACAAAAUAAAGUUUAAACCCCUUAACAUGAUGUUAUGAUCGCUGUCCAUGCCUGCAGCAUCGUGAUUUUCCGUCUCUCCCCAGAAACACCUCUGACCACCUUGGACUGUUCAUCUGUCGUUUCCCCUUCAGUGGUUCUUCCUCUCGAAGCCUUUCUUUCUGCCAACCUUUCCAUUCAGUCCCCUUUAGUUUAUCAAAUGCUUAAUUGAACAUAGGCACAUACCAGUUCCUGUCACCCGAGGAGGUGAGGAGCAGGUGACAAGAUAGGGGAAGGUAGUGUUGCAGAAUACGUCGCAUGUCAACACAGUCCCAUGUAAAUGUUUUAGUUAGUUUGCCCCAGUUUAGGGACCUGAAUGUACUUUUUCAUCACGCUAGAGUCACUGCAGGGGUUUUGGUAAGGAGAAAGGACAUUUUUCUUUUGCAGAACUUGAGAUCGUGUGGAAAAAUAAGGCCCUAAGGGGGGGUAAAUUUAUGGAAAGUCAUCUUUACAUUAAUCAUCAAAGCUGAUGUCUAAAUAAAGACAAUGCGAUUGAGAUUUUGCACAUUUUUAAAUUACUAGUAGUGGAUAAAGCACUCAAUUUUCACUUACCAUUCCUGCUUCAAAAAAAGAAGUGUUAAAUUUUCUUCCCAGCAGAUUCAAGGAGAUGCUUGCUUAUUUGUUUUCAUUUGUUGCAGAUAAUAUGCAUGCAGAGAGGUUUUCCUUUUCUGAGUCUCAUUUUCCAUCCACAUAUUCAAUGUCUUCUUGGCUUGCACUUAGGAUUGUUGAUUUUCCACCCCUCUAGUUCUGCCUGCUGGGCCACUGGCUACAGUGUGCAGGUUGGGAUCAUAGGACUGUGACUGGCCAAGGGGGCACAUGGUUCUGACUCUCAGCCCAUGAGGUUUGCCAGGUUGGGCUCCCUGGCUUGUGGCUGCAUUACAUUUUUAUAAUUCUGUCGUGAUUCAGAGAUGUUAAGUAAGUUGGUACUUGAGAUAGAAAGGUUUAGGAUAAUCUUAUUUAACCAAUGAGGCCCAGCUCAACGGGUAAUUGUCAGCCCUUCUACCCAUCUCCCAGGGUUUAUCGCCUCAGGCAUGGCCCUGGUAUCUGUGUGCAGAAACAAACCUGUCAACUCUUCUUUCCCAUCUUAGCAACCUCCUUCCUCUCAGACCAAUUCCCAGUGCUAAGAACCUGGUUACCCUUCCUCCUUGUGAUUCCUGCAGCUAGAAUAACAAAUUGUCACGAAACAUAUCCUCUCACAUUUCUGGAGGUCAGAAGUCCAAAGCCAGGCUCUCAGCAGGGCUGCACUCCCUCCAGUGGCUCUAGCAGAAAACCCUGUCUCGCCUCGUCCUCCUCCAGCCUCUGGUGACAGUUGAUGUUCCUUCACUUGUGGCAGCAGCAUCCAGUCUGUGCGUCUGUCCUCACCUAGCCUGCUUUCUUGUGUGUGACUCUGUGUUCUUUCCUGUCUCUCAAUAGAACUUUCUCAUUUAGGGCCCAUCCUAAUCCAGCAUGAUCAUAUUUCAAUCUUUGCCUUCAUCAUGUUUUGAUGACCUGAUUUUCAAAUAAGAUCACAUUCUGAGGCUGUGACAUGACAUGAUUUGGAGUGGACGCCAUUCACCCCACCACACUCAUCUACUUUAACUUUAUCAAGACUUCAAUGCAAGCACGUCUACUUCUUACAUCCCCUGUUUUACCUCCUUUUCCUGUUUUCAACUCCCUGUUCCUCUUUUCCUCAUUUACCCCUUUAAGAAUGACUUAUAAUUUGUGUGCACAAGAUUUGACUAUUCUGCAUUUUCGAAGAGAUGUACAAAGUAAGAAAGGCAAGUCCAGAGGCCAGAAGUGAAGCCCGGCCUCUGUGUUUCUAACAUCAAGGAUGCUGCCCUGCCCAGGACCAACACCCGGCAAACUUUGGAUGAUGUCUGUAAGGUGAUGUUCAUCAACAUCUUCAACAGCAAGCUGAAAGCCUAGCAGACAUGCUCACUGUCAGUCCUCUGGAAGGCCCAAGAGAGCCCUUGCCUGCUACCUCAAUAGAUGAGGACCUCCAGGGCUACCUGGCCUUUGUGGAUUCCAGACGUCCUGUAUCAGCCGAGCUCCAGGAGAGCCCCAGCAGCACUCUCUUUUCCUGCUGCCUCGGUGCUCAAGACAAUGGUCUUUUUGAGUGUCCAGCUGAUUCUGUUGCUCACUUCUGCCUCUCCCAUUGUGUGGAUGCCUCUCAUCCCUUGCCUGAGCAGAGUCCCUGCUGGGAAGGGAGGAAAACACCAGGAGUCUCCGUUUGCUCCUCCUCUGGCCUAGACAGGAUUUAAACCCAGGGAGGGAAGCCAAGGAGAGACGAGAACAAGGGACGACCAGCAAGUACCAAGGUCUGCGGCAGGAGGAGACCGGCUCACAGGAGCAGCAGCGUUGGAAGAGGCACCCAGCAGCCUCCCAGCUGUCUUGUAUCCUACAUGCAAUGCUUGCACAGAGUUCAGCGUCACAGAGACUAGAAAUAAAGACGUUUGUAUGUACUUGCUGCCCCUGGAGUUUAACCUAGGAGAGACAGACCUCCCUUGUACAUCCAUGUUCUUGGAUCUGAAGGAGAAAGAGAUACAGAGUUCGUGAAAUCUGUUGCCUAAGCCUCCAGUUCACGGCAUCCUGGAGGGUCUGCUCCCUGUCUUUCCAAGGAUGAGUCUCCAGGAGAUGUUCCGCUUCCCCUUGGGGCUCCUGCUUGGCUCUGUGCUUCUGGUGGCUUCGGCCCCAGCCACUCUGGAGCCUCCCAGCUGCAACAACAAGGAGCAACAGGUCACUGUCAGCCACACCUACAAGAUCGAUGUGCCUAAGUCUGCCUUGGUUCAGGUGGAGGCUGACCCUCAGCCCCUCAGUGACGAUGGGGCUUCGCUUUUGGCCCUGGGUGAGGCCGGGGAGGAACAGAACAUCGUCUUCAGGCACAACAUCCGCCUUCAGACGCCACAGAAGGACUGCGAGUUGGCAGGCACUGUCCAGGACCUCCUGGCCCGGGUGAAAAAGCUGGAGGAAGAGAUGGUGGAGAUGAAGGAACAGUGUAGUGCCCAGCGCUGCUGCCAGGGAGCUACUGAUCUGAGCCGCCGCUGCAGCGACCACGGGACCUUCUCCCUGGAGACCUGCAGCUGCCACUGCGAGGAGGGCAGGGAGGGCCCCGCCUGCGAGCAGCUGGCUUGCCCCGGGGCGUGCAGCGGCCACGGGCGUUGCGUGGACGGGCGCUGCCUGUGCCACGAGCCCUACGUGGGUGCCGACUGCGGCUACCCGGCCUGCCCUGAGAACUGCAGCGGGCAUGGCGAGUGCGUGCGCGGCGUGUGCCAGUGCCACGAAGACUUCACGUCUGAGGACUGCAGCGAGCGACGCUGUCCUGGCGACUGCAGCGGCCACGGCUUCUGCGACACGGGCGAGUGCUACUGCGAGGAGGGCUUCACAGGCCUGGACUGUGCCCAGGUGGUCGCCCCACAGGGCCUGCAGCUGCUCAAGAGCACGGAGGAAUCUCUGCUGGUGAGCUGGGAGCCCUCCAGCCAGGUGGAUCACUAUUUCCUCAACUACUACCCCCUGGGGAAGGAGCUGUCUGGGAAGCAGAUCCGAGUGCCCAAGGAGCAACACAGCUAUGAGAUUCUCGGUUUGCUGCCUGGAACCAAAUACAUAGUCACCCUGCGUAACGUCAAGAAAGACAUUUUUAGCAGCCCACAGCAUCUACUUGCCACCACAGACCUUGCUGCACUUGGCACUGCCUGGGUGACAGAGGAGACUGAGCACUCCCUCGACGUGGAGUGGGAAAACCCCUCGACCGAGGUGGACUACUACAAGCUGCGAUAUGGCCCCAUGACAGGGCAGGAGGUAACUGAGGUCACUGUGCCGAAGAGCAGUGACCCCAAGAGCCGAUAUGACAUCACUGGUCUGCACCCAGGGACCGAAUAUAAGAUCACGGUGGUGCCCAUGCGAGGAACGCUGGAGGGCAAGCCGAUCCUCCUGAAUGGCAGGACAGAAAUUGACAGUCCAACCAAUGUUGUUACUGAUCGAGUGACUGAAGACACAGCAACUGUCUCCUGGAAACCAGUGCAGGCUGUCAUAGACAAGUAUGUGGUGCGCUACACCUCUGCUGAUGGGGACACCAAGGAAAUGGCAGUGCACAAGGAUGAGAGCAGCACUGUCCUGACGGGCCUGAAGCCAGGAGAGGCAUACAAGGUCUACGUAUGGGCUGAAAGGGGCAACCAGGGGAGCAAGAAAGCUGACACCAAUGCCCUCACAGAAAUUGACAGCCCAGCAAACCUGGUGACUGACCGGGUGACUGAGAAUACUGCCACCAUCUCCUGGGACCCGGUGCAGGCCACCAUUGACAAGUACGUGGUGCACUACACCUCUGCUGACAACCAAGAGACCAGAGAGGUUCCGGUGGGGAAGGAGCAGAGCAGCACUGUCCUGACAGGCCUGAGGCCAGGUGUGGAGUACACAGUGCACGUCUGGGCCCAGAAGGGGGACCGAGAGAGCAAGAAGGCCAACACCAACGCCCCAACAGACAUUGACAGCCCCAAAAACCUGGUGACUGACCGGGUGACAGAGAAUAUGGCCACUGUCUCCUGGGACCCGGUGCAGGCCACCAUUGACAAGUAUAUGGUGCGCUACACCUCUGCGGACGGAGAGACCAGGGAGGUUCCGGUGGGGAAGGAGCACAGCAGCACCAUCCUGACGGGCCUGAGACCGGGCAUGGAGUACAUGGUGCACGUGUGGGCCCAGAAGGGGGACCAGGAGAGCAAGAAGACUGACACCAAGGCCCAGACAGACAUUGACAGCCCCCAAAACCUGGUGACUGACUGGGUGACAGAGAAUAUGGCCACUGUCUCCUGGGACCCAGUGCAGGCCACUAUUGACAGGUAUGUGGUGCGCUACACCUCUGCCAAGGACGGAGAGACCAGGGAGGUUCCGGUGGGGAAGGAGCAGAACAGCACUGUCCUGACAGGCCUGAGGCCUGGUGUGGAGUACACGGUGCACGUGUGGGCCCAGAAGGGGGCCCAGGAGAGCAAGAAGGCUGACACCAAGGCCCAGACAGACAUUGACAGCCCCAAAAACCUGGUCACUGACCGGGUGACAGAGAAUACAGCCACUGUCUCCUGGGACCUGGUGCAGGCCACCAUUGACAGGUAUGUGGUGCGCUACACAUCUGCCAAUGGAGAGACCAGGGAGGUUCCAGUGGGGAAGGAGCAGAGCAGCACCGUCCUGACGGGCCUGAGGCCAGGCGUGGAGUACACAGUGCACGUGUGGGCCCAGAAGGGGAACCAGGAGAGCAAGAAGGCUGACACCAAGGCCCAGACAGAAAUUGACAGCCCCAAAAACCUGGUGACUGACCGGGUGACAGAGAAUAUGGCCACUGUCUCCUGGGACCCGGUGCAGGCCACGAUUGACAAGUAUGUGGUGCGCUACACCUCUGCGGAUGGAGAGACCAGGGAGGUUCCGGUGGGGAAGGAGCACAGCAGCACCGUCCUGACGGGCCUGAGACCGGGCAUGGAGUACAUGGUGCACGUGUGGGCCCAGAAGGGGGACCAGGAGAGCAAGAAGGCCGACACCAAGGCCCAGACAGAAAUUGACCCUCCCAGAAACCUUCGUCCAUCUGCUGUAACGCAGUCUGGUGGUGUAUUGACCUGGACACCCCCCUCUGCUCAGAUCCAUGGCUACAUUCUGACCUACCAGUUCCCAGACGGCACAGUUAAGGAGAUACAGCUGGGACGAGAAGACCAGAGGUUUGAGUUGCAAGGCCUGGAGCAAGGUGCCACCUAUCCUGUCUCCCUUGUUGCCUUUAAGGGUGGUCUCCGGAGCAGAAAUGUAUCCACCACCCUCUCCACAGUUGGUGCCCGUUUCCCACACCCUUCGGACUGCAGUCAGGUUCAGCAGAACAGCAAUGCCGCCAGUGGUCUGUACACCAUCUACCUGCAUGGCGAUUCCAGCCGGCCCCUGCAGGUGUACUGCGACAUGGACACGGACGGAGGUGGCUGGAUUGUCUUCCAGAGGCGGAACACUGGGCAGCUGGAUUUCUUCAAGCGAUGGAGGACCUAUGUGGAAGGCUUUGGGGACCCCACGAAGGAGUUCUGGCUUGGACUUGACAAGCUACACAACCUCACCACUGGCACUCCAACGCGGUAUGAGGUGAGAGUGGAUUUACAGACUGCCAAUGAAUCCGCCUAUGCUAUAUAUGAUUUCUUCCAAGUGGCCUCCAGCAAGGAGCGGUAUAAGCUGACAGUUGGGAAAUACAGAGGCACAGCGGGGGAUGCUCUUUCUUACCACAAUGGAUGGAAGUUUACAACUUUCGACAGAGACAACGAUAUUGCACUCAGCAACUGUGCCCUGACACAUCAUGGUGGCUGGUGGUAUAAGAACUGCCACUUGGCCAACCCCAAUGGCAGAUAUGGGGAGACCAAGCACAGUGAGGGGGUGAACUGGGAGCCUUGGAAAGGACAUGAAUUCUCCAUUCCUUACGUGGAGUUGAAAAUCCGCCCUCAUGGCUACAGCAAGGAGCCUGUCCUGGGCAGAAAGAAGCGGACGCUGGGAGGAAGGCUGCGAACGUUCUGAUGGCCUGUGUGAGCAGUCCUUGCAGGAGACAACACCAGCUGUGGGAGCUUGGGGCGGGGUGGGUAGUGGUGACUGGGGUCUGGGAGUGCUCAGAGCCUCUGGGUUCUGGGAUCGCCUGAUAGCCCAGAGAACAAAUCAUGUCACCAAGCUUCAAGCCAUGGAGGUUCCUUCCCUCUCACCUGCAUUUUUGCCCGUCUUUAUGAGGGUCUUGAAAAUCAAAACAGUAGUUACACAGUAUGCGUAGGAAAGACAGGACUGGAACGGCAAGGUUUCUCAGCUUAUCUUCGGCAACAAAUAUACUGGAUUAGGGCAAGAGAAGGAAUCACCCAACACUUCACCAAUUGGAAAUCUCUGGAAAUUUACAUCUAUGUAUUAAAGCUCUGCUAAUGCAAAUCUUUUCUCUAGAAAGAAGCACAGAAGGGGGGUUCUCAUGACCCAGGGGUUAGGGCUGAGGCAACUGGACGUUUGUCAACUCCUUUCCCACUGGGUUUUUAGGAAAACAGUGUGAACCUCCCCCUUUUAAUUUCUGGUGUUAUGAGGAAGAAUAAAGGGAAUAAAAGGGGCUAAGAUGGACUCACGUUUAGCUAAGUUCUGACUAGUAUCCAGCAUGCUGGAGACCAAAACUGCCGCCUUACUGCUAUUUUUAAGCGCCCUCUUUUCAGUCAUUUGCAUAAUUGCAUCCAUAGAACUGCAUAUGUUGUGAAUAAAUUCUCACUCAUUUCAACUUUGAA